AUGGAGGAAGAGAAGAAGACGGAGGAGGUACAGGGUGGGGAGUUGCUUUUCUGCGGGACGACGGCGUGGGAUGCAAUGGGACGCCGGAGGACUUCGCCGGAGGAGAACCUUGCUUCUCCGACGAGACUGCGCCCUCUCAUGGGAAUAGACAUUCGAUUUGUUGCUUCUGGCUGCGUGUCUUGUCACUGUGUGGCUCUGGACGCUGAGGGUCGCUGUUACACGUGGGGGCGCAAUGAGAAGGGGCAGCUUGGUCAUGGAGACAGAGUUCAGCGUGAUAGGCCUACAGUUGUUUCGGAUUUGUCUCAGUAUAAAGUUAUCAAAGCUGGAGCUGGCAGGGGUCAUACUGUGGUAGUGACUGAAGAUGGGCUCUCCUUUUCUUUCGGUUGGAACAAGCACGGGCAGCUCGGUUCAGGUUCCGCAAAAACUGAAGUUGAGUCAUCUCCGGUUCGUUGUCAGGUUUCUGAUGUAAAAGCAACUGUUUGUGGGGGUGAUUUUACCGUGUGGUUGACUUCUGUCGAAGGAUCUUCUAUAUUGACUGCUGGUCUUCCACAGUACGGUCAGCUUGGGCAUGGGUCCGAUAAUGAGUAUAAUACGAAAGACAGCUCCGUGAAGCUUGCAUAUGAAGCUCAACCUCGCCCAAGGGCCAUAGCUUCUCUUGCUGGUGAAACUAUUGUAAAAGUUGCUUGCGGAACUAAUCAUACGGGUAUCCUUACAUUUUAUUUUCCUUCACCUUCCCAUUUUCCUGUGCUCGGACACAGAGAACAGAAAGAUGAAUGGGUUCCACGGUUGGUUGAUGUUUUCACUAGGCAUAAUGUUCUGCCCCCUGAUGCAGUUGUUUCAGCUGGUUCUGCCAAUUCAUCAUGUACAGCUGGAGGUGGGCAGCUUUAUAUGUGGGGCAAGAUAAAGAACAGUGGUGACGAUUGGAUGUACCCUAAGCCUCUCAUGGAUUUGAGUGGCUGGCAUCUGCGCUGCAUGGAUUCAGGCAAUUCGCACCAUUUUGUCGGUGCUGACUCUUCAUGUAUUAGCUGGGGCCAUGCACAAUCUGGGGAACUGGGAUAUGGACCUAAUGGACAAAAAUCAUCUGCAAUUCCUAAGAAAGUGGAUGCCCUCGAGGGAAUGCAUGUUAUCAGUGUGGCUUGUGGACUUGCUCUUUCCUUGGUGGUUGUUGAUAGAACAAAGAAUGCUGAGCGACUUGAAGAGCUUGAGGUUUAUGAUGGCACGGCUGCUGCUGAAGUGAUGACCGUAACACCCGAUGAAAAACCUAUCCUUACUCCAAAAAGGGCUGCCGCCAAAAAGUCUCGAGACGCCAACAAGAGGAAGAAAGGAGGAGAAAGUAGUUCUGAUGAUGAGGCGAACAGUGAGUACGAAAGUGAUGAUAGCAACGAGAUGCUUAAUGGUAAGGCCAGGAAAGCGAGGGGCAAAAGCGCGGGCAAAUCAGGUUCGGAGAAAAAGGGCAGCGGCCGUGGGAGGGGACGGCCACCAUCCGGGACGAAAAGCACACAAGCUUCCGGAGGAAAAGGAACCGGCAAGAGAGGAAGGCCUAGGAAGUCGUGA